ACGAAUCUGAAAGUCUGAAGGUCAAUCGUGCAAAUGACCUACAGUCGGCUUGCGGUACUGUUUUGAGCUGGCAAUGUCUGCUGAUAUAAAAACUGUUCUGGCUUCCAAACAUUACGGUUUUAUGGGGUCUGGUAAUAUGUCUCAAGCAUUGGUCAAAGGUUUUCUAGCCUCAAAUGUAAUCACUGGUUCGCAAGUUACAAUGACUGAUCGGUAUGGUUUAUCAUUUCCAGAUGCAGAGAAAUAUGGAGUGGAAUAUAUACAAACAAAUGAACCAAUGGUUGAAAAAAGUGAUGUUGUGUUCGCCUGCGUUAAACCACACAUAUUACUACCAGCUCUAAAAAAUCUAUCCGAUCGUUUAAAUGAUAAACUUUUGGUUUCUAUUGCUGCAGGGAUUACACUAGACCAAAUACAACAGGCUGUGCCGAAAUCUACUCGAAUUAUCCGUAUUAUGCCUAAUACACCGUGUCUGGUUGGUGUUGGUACUGCAGUGUAUGCACAUACAUCUUCUGUUACUGAAGAAGAUAUUAAUUUGAUUUCUGCCUUAUGUUCAUCAAUCUUUCCUGUAUUUGAAGCUAUCCCGGAAUCUUUAUUUAAUGCAGCUGUUGGAGUAUCAGGAUCAUCUCCAGCUUAUAUUUAUAUGAUCACUGAAGCAAUUACAGAUGCUGGUGUUCUAUUAGGUUUACCACGCCCAAUCGCUCAGAAACUAAUUGUCAAUACUAUAUUAGGCUCAGCUGUAAUGAUGCAAAAAACUGGCAAAAGUACAACUGAAUUAAAAGUAAACUGUUGUUACAUUUAUUAUAUACAUAUAUACAUAUGUACAAGUUGAAACAGUGAACGUUCUUAGUCAAUUAAAUUACAAUGGUAGCAUAUGUAUUGACCUAGCAUCAUAUAAUAAUGAUUAGUGUAUAUCAAAACAAUGUAAUAAGGAUACAUUUUUCUUUAAUGACUCAAUUUAUCAAUACUAGUAUCUUCAGAAAAAGAUCUUUCUUUAUACUAUAAAUGUGGUGAAAAUUUGCUUUAAAAAUGACUUGAUCUUUUUUUUAUUAAAAAAAAAUGAAAAACUGUAUCACGUAAUCACAACCGAAUAAAUACAGUUUUCAAAGCUGUACAAUCGCAAAUAUAUAUACUUAUUUAUACAGGGUGAUAAUAAUACUGAUAAUAAACUUAUGAUAUACAUGGUGACAGUGAGGUUAAAUAAACAAAGGUAUUAGAAAAAUUUUUAAAAACAAGGAAAGUUUGAUAGAUAAUGGCUUAGAUAGUCAUCGGGUAAGAGUAGCUCAGCAUGAUAAAAUAACAUAAAAUGUUGAAACAGAGAUGAAAUGUAAUCGGAAUGAUCGUUGAAAUAAAAACAAACCGGUUGGGGGUACAAGAUUUGAAGGGAAGAUGGGAGGUGAAGCAGGUGGCUGUAAAAGAACAAGAGUAAUGAGAAAGAGAAAAAAGAGAAAAAAUUUUAAUACAUUAAGACCACGGUAAAAGAAGAGGUUGUACCAGUCUCUUUUGUAUACAUAAUUCUGGUUUUUCAAAAUGUAUGGCUAUUGCCUCGGCAAUGCAAAGGAGAUGUAGUCUAAUUGUCUUAGGAAGGUUUCUACUUACCUUGUAGAUGACUUUGAACGCAGAGUCUGUCUUGAUUGAGUGACCUGUGUUCACAAGGUGUUCGAUUAUAGAACUUCUUAUUGAACCGCUGCCUCCUCUUCUUAGCCACGCCGGACAAUGUUCUUGAAUUCUUUUGGAUAAAGUACGCAUCGAACGACCUAUAUACCUAGCUCCACAAGAGCAGGUAAAUUGGUAAAUGCACAUUGAAUUGGUCAGAUGCGAUAAUUUAUCUUUCAGAUUAUUGGCGAACAGUGAUCGGCUUGAGAAUAAUAUUCGCAAUGUUGCUGCGAAAAAUGUUCUUUUUAAAGAAUCUGAAAUUCUCCUCUUUAAGAUAUGUGCGGCUCUAUCGCCUUUGAAGUCGAUGUUCAUGUAUAAAAUUUUCUUUUCUACUGCAGUGGUUUGUGGUCUUGGUAUUUUCGGUUUCAUGUUCUUAUCAAUGAAUAUAGAAGGAUAUCCGUUUUUGAUAAGUAUCUCUUUUAAAAAACUCAAUUCUUCCUCUACGACCUCAGGGCUACAGAUUCUUCGUAUUCUUGUGGCGAGAGUGAUUAUUAAGUUUCUUUUUCGGCUGAUGGGAACCCAACUGUGGAAAUUUGAUAGUUGGCCAUUCCAUAUGGGUUUCCUGUAGAUAGAUCUUUUUAAAGUACCAUCUUGUUUCCUUGUUAUAUCUACAUCAAGGAAGUGAAUAUUUUGUUUGUUUUCAACUUCAAUUGUGAAUUUUAUUGAUGGGUGACAAUUAUUAAAUGUAUUUAGGAGAUCACUUAAGUUACAUUUGUUAUCACAAAUGAUAAAGAUAUCAUCCAUAUACCUUUUAUAUAAGUGGAGGUUCUCUAUAAUUCUUUUAAGUUGGUUGUUUUCUAAACUGGCCAUGAAGCAAUCUGCCAGUAAUGGACCAAGUGGGGAUCCCAUUGCUAUACCAUCCUUCUGUCUAUAAAUUACGUCGUUGAAUGUGAACUGUACAUUGCAAGUACAACGUAGUAAUAAUUCCUUCAAAUAAACCUCAGGUAUCCCAAUGUUUAUCUCAGUAUUGUUUAUGUACUUGCAGAUAAAAUUAAUGGUUUCUGUAAGUGGGACAUUAGUGAAUAAUGAUUCCACAUCCAGAGAUAGCAUAAUUUUGCCACUUACAUUCACUUCUUUUAUGUGCUCGAUAAAUUCAAAAGUAUCGCGUACAGAAUGUUUACAAAUGAGUUUUCUAACGGGUUCUAAGAGAUUCGCCAACCACUUUGCUAUAGGGUGGUAAGGGGAUCCAGACAUAUCGAGAAUCGGUCUAAGAGGUAGGCCAGAUUUGUGUAUUUUUGGCAAACCGUAUAAUCGCGGUAUUAUCGAUGCUGUUGGUCUUAUGUGCUCAAAUACCUGUUCGUUGAUUAACUGCUCUUUUUUCAUUUUCUUAAGGACGUCAAUUAGUUGCUUUUCUAUAAUUUCAGUCUUGUUUUUCUCAUUGUUGGGUUUUGAGAAUUUGGUGUCAUCUGAUAACAACGUUGCCAUUUUUUCAACAUAAUCCUUGCGAUCUAGCAGCACUAAACCAGCACCUUUAUCUGGACGUGUUAUGAUCAAGUCUUUAUUAUUUCUAAGUAGUUUAAUCUGAUUUCUAUGUUCUCUUGUUAGUAGACUUUUGCCUGUUACUUUUGUGCUAAUAUAUUGGUUACAGCUGUCAAGAAGAGUAGAUUUGAAACGUUGGAAUUCUUGAUCAGAGAUUGGAUUAAGACCAUUUGUUUGUUUGAUUAAGUUUUCGAAUUGAACAUGUGUGUUGAUUUUGUUAACUUUUUCAUUUAUGUCGCAGAAUUUUAUCCCCAAAGAUAAGGCUUCUAAUUGUACAUUUGUCAACGAUAUUGAAGAAUGAUUAAACACAUAUCUCUCAGGGUUGUUAGGAAACUUGUGCUGUGUUUCUGUAGGUUUUAAACUUUUAGUGAGAUCUGAUAUUAAGUUUUUUGUGCGUUUGUUGAUAACUGUGGUAACAUAAUCGGUGAAAAGAUUGUGUUCGUUAGGUGAUAAUUCAUAUAAUACAGGAGAUCUUUGUGAAAUAUUGAAUUCCAAUAACGGAAUGCGAGGACGAAUAGAGUCAAUAACAUUUUGUGCAUGGCGUUUAAGAGAUUUCGAGUUUGGAUAAAUAUGGUUUCUUCGAAGAAUUUUCCAGUAGUAUUUAGGAUAUUUGUGCAUUUUAACGCAAUCGUUAAGAAAG